GAGAUCUGCUGCCUGCCGUCCUAACAUGCUUCAGGUGACCGUGUUUUUUGGAGGUGGAGGUGCGGAAGAGGGGCUGACAAAACAGCUCACAGGGCAGGUGUCUGCUUUCCAUGUCGCAUACGUGUACAUAGACCUGAGUUUGCAGCUGGUUGUCAGCACACUGGAAGAAGCUUCAGUGCUGUGGCAUCAAUCCCUUUGACUGUCUGCCUCUGUCUCUGUCUCCCUUUGGCUCUGUUUCUGUCUCUCUCUCUGACUGUUUUUUUUUUUUUUUUACCUGAAAAAGAGCCUGAGUAGUGAAGUCCCCCCAGAAGUGCUAUUGGAUAAGCUGUUAGUUUCUUUUGAGUCCUGUAAGGCCUCAUUGGACCAGUCACCACUGAGCUCUGCAGAGGGCAGAGGCGGGAUGGACUGGGGAAGGAAGCAGCAAACACAGAAGUGAAAGUGAAAGACCCAGAGCCAGCUGAACACUCGUCUUCCCAUGUCUGCUCACCUCGUCUACAUCCAGAUGACCCCUUCCCAAGAGGACCUCGGCCCUGACCCAGAAUCUUUAGCAGACAAUGACCCUGUGGACCAGGGUGGAUGUUGCCCCCAGGCCACCACCUUGCUGGAAAGGAAGGAGUCUUCUCUUGGCAGUUUCUGGAAAGCACUCAGCUUUAGAGUGUGUUUCAUACUGGUGGUGUUGGUGUUGGUGGUGGUUGGAGUCAUUCUGUGGCUGUUUCUGUGGACCCCAAGUCAGGUCAGCCAAACACCACAAAUCUGGAAGGGCAGCGGCACCACCAGCAAUUUCUCCAACAUUCUCCUGCAACGCUGCUUCUCCUAUGUCCGCACACGGGGAUCAGAGCUCAGGCAUAAAGACUGCCACCAGAUUUUGGAGGCGUUCCUGAGUGCGUUUCUCUCCAAGAACCCUUGUGAGGUUACUGAGCAAGACUAUGCGCGACUGCUGCAGCUCACAGAGCAAAAGAUCCCCUGUAACCAGGGAGCCAUGCUCAAGCUCCUCCAUAGAAGACCUGAAAACGAUUCUCAGUGAAAAGAAUAUCGAGUUUACCUGCCAGUGAGACUUCAGGUAGCUGACUUCUUCCUGAACAAGACAUGGCUACCUCUCUGUUGGUAGGCAUUGUCCCCUUCUUCUGAUUCUUCUCCGUUGGAAGACAGGCAGGGACCCCUCUUAGGCCUUGACGGAGACCCAGGAUGGUGAAGUGUGAUGCUGCUGACUUCUUCCAGUCCAGCCAGAAGAUGCCCCCAACCAGGACCUUCAAUGAUCAGCUUUGCCAGCUCCCCCUCUUCCUGCCCUGUCUGCCCCUACUAGCAGCCUUUCAUCUUGAGCCUUGACCCCUUCAGGCAGCUCUCCUGCCUUCCCCUGUGAGAGUGGCAGUGGGCAGUACUGAGGACCCCACCGUGCUCUCUGCCUGAGUGAACAUGCUUCCUCUCUUAUAAUCGGGAACUAAGUCAGAUAAAAACACAUAACCUGGGAUCCUAGAAAAGAAGAUUUAUGCUUGUUUGUCUGUGUUUAUAUUGUAUUGAUUGAUGGGAUAGAUAGGAGGACAGAGAGAGAGAAAGAACUAGGCAUCACUCGUGCAUGUGCUGCCAGGGAUUGAACUCAUGACCUCAGGCUUAAGAGUUCAAUGCUUUAUCCACUGCACCACCUCCCGGACCACAACAAAGCUUUUUAUAUUUUUUUUUCUUUUAUUGGGGGAAUUGUUCACAGUCAACAGUAAGAUACAAUAGUUUGGAAAAAAAAUACAGUGGUUUGUGUUAUGCCCAGAGGUUCGAGUCCUGAUCUCACACAUGGAACACCAGAAUCACAUGCAAUAGCAAGAGCCUUUAUUAGCAAGCUUAAGCUUGGGCCACUGACACCCUUCCACACAAGGGAAGAGUCUGCGCGGAUGACCUUUCAACAUUCUUGCUAUCUGCUUUUUAUAGUACAGGGAACAAGAGCAAUUAGUCACAGUUUAAUGGCUGUAAUAAGGGACCAUUGGAACCAUUGAUUUCAGUUUAACAUUCUCUAACAAGUAACAGUUGGUUUCAGUUUAACAGCUGUAUCAAGGAACAGUUGGUUUCAUUUUAAGGGUUUCUAACCUCCACAUUCUCCCCUUUGUCUUUUGUAACUUCUAGGGCCCAAUCUUGGGCCAAUCCCUGUUUCUGACUUCUGUCCCGGUCAAUGGGUUUGAGGAGCAGUAGUAGCAAAAAUAAAGAUCAGAGUCAUCAGGAGAGAAAGUGUGCAGUCACUAAUGGAGCAACUGGAGCUUGAGUAGGUGUUUGGGGACAGACUUGAGUCGCCAUCUAGUCUUGAACUCUUCUGUCUCUGCUGCAUGAAUGUGGGAGUGGUGGAUCCAUGGGCCAAUACCGUCCACCUUCAGGGUCAUGGGGGUGGCUAGGAUGACAGUAUAAGGUCCUUUCCAUCGGGUCUCGAGUGUCUCUUUUGGGUGGCAUCUCACCAAGACUGAGUCUUCGGGCUGGAAGGGAUUAGGGUCUGGAGGAUGUGCAGCUUCAUAUAUUGUUCUCAGUCUUGACCAAACAUGCUUUUGGACUUGAGCUAUUGUUCUAGGCUGGCUGCUAGCAUUUGCAAGUCUGCAGGCUUGCAUUUUGCAACUAUUUCCUUAAUGAGUUGGUUCUUGUUGUGGAUUCUCAGGCUGGCUUUUUGCAAAAGUUCGGCCAUUUUUCUUUCUCCCAGGUGGGUACUUCUGUGUAUCUGCUGUAGCAGGUGUUUGGCCACGGCUUGGGGUAAGAUGAGUCUACCAUCAGCUGUUACCCACCAGUUACUGUGCUUGUCAGUGAGAGGUAACUUUUUUAUCUGGAGCUCAUCAUCUGGUGUAUAUUCUGGCUUAUCAGGCAGGGUGGGCUCUCCAGGGUUUGGCAGACAAAGAGUUAAUUCAUCAGUUCUUUCUAUUGUGACUUGUCUGGCUGUGGUAUCUGCUAGGCGAUUGCCCUGUGCCACAGAACUUUCUCCCUUUUGGUGUCCAUGGAAGUGUAUUAUGGCCGCCUCAUCUGGCAUCCAGAUAGCCUCUAACAAGUCUAACAUUUCUUGUUGAUUUUUAAUAGCUUUACCUUUAGACGUGAGCAGUCACCUUUCUCGAUAUAGCACCAUGGAUGUGGGCUGUGGCAAAGGCAUAGUGGCUAUCAGUGUAGAUGUUAAGUCUUUUCCCUUUUCCUAGGUUGAGGGCUUUUGUGAGGGCAAUUAAUUCAGCUUUUUUGGGCCAAAGUCCCUGCGGGCAGGGCAGCUGCCCACAGAGUCUCAUGUUCAGUAGUUACCAUGGCCCCAGCAUACCUUACCCCAUCUCUGAUGAAGCUGCUCCCAUCAGUAUACCCGUUCACUUCUGUUCCUUUUAAAGGCUGGUCCUUCAGGUCUUCCCAGAGGCUAGAUGUGUAGCUCAGAAUCUCAGAGCAGUCAUGUAAGGGAGUGUCUAAUUUGGGGUUGGGGAGCAAGGUAGCCGGGUUCAAGGAUGCUCUGGAUGAGAACUGAAUAACGGGUGGGUUUAGCAACAAGCUUUGAUAAUAAGUUAACCGGGCAUUGCUGAUACACCUGUCAGGAGGUUGUCGGAGGAUUCCAUCUACAGCGUGAGGGGUAGUCACAGUCAAUUUCUGACCGAGAGUCAACUUCUGAGCAUCUUUUGUCAACAUAGUUGUAGCAGCUAUGAUGCGGAGGCACGGUGGCCAUCCGGCCGCCACCGAGUCUAGCUGUUUUGAGAAAUAAGUUACCGGCUGUGUCUAGGGCCCUACUGUUUGUGUUAGGACCCCUUUUGCUAUCCCUUGCUUUUUGUCUAUGAAAAGGUGAAAGGGUUUAGUCACAUCAGGCUGUCCCAAAGCUGGAGCCGACAACAGGGUAUGCUUUAGUAGUUUAAAGGCGCUCUUAUGAGUCUCAGUCCAUUUAAAAGGCUGCCCUUCUCGGGUUGCCUCAUAAAGGGGUUUUGCUAUUUCAGCAAAACUGGGGAUUCACAGCCGGCAAAAUCAAACCUACCCGAAGAAUUCUCUUGCCGCCCGUCGGAUCGUUGGAGUAGGUACCUUAAGUAUACCUCUGCUCUUUUCAAACCCUCGGGAGUAUGGCCCUCUCAGCCUUUCCAUUGAGGGUGUUCUGUGGUGUUGCUAUGCUUCACAUUGGUUUGGUCUCCCACCCCUCACCUCUUGGAGGUGGUGGUUUAGCCCCUGCUAGUUUCACAUAUUAAAAAGAAAAGGGGGAAUUGUUGCUAUGCACUCUCCCCCGCCAGGAGAUUUGGUUUAGCCCUUGCUAGUUUUUCGCGCUACUCCCUUCUCCCUGCCCCCUAUCCUACGUACUUCCUGAGCUCCUGGGUUUCUGAGUUCCUGAGUUCCUGCGGAGGAAAAGGAUGAAGGAAAGAUCUGUGUGGUGACUAGAGAGUCCCUCUCUGCUGCCAGAGGAGAAAAAUGGAGGAGCACAUUGCGUGCUCAUGAAUAAAGAUUAAACUGCGUUCUCAUCUCAGCUGUGUGUCUCUGGUAGUCUCUGUUACCUGCCUGUGAAGGUAGCCCUGGCGAUAAUGACAUAUGGUGCCUACAGCGUGGGACGUGACUUGCCCAUCCCCCAGAUAAGUGACAAUUUGGCUACCUAUGCACUAUGACCUUCUCUUCUGCUUGUGAAGAGAUCUCCAAAGGCCUCUGCCCUUUCUUCAUCAGACUGUUUCGCUGUUUCUGGAACAUUUAUCACUGGACCACUCUGUGGUUUCCACCCAACACCAGCCCACAGGAGCCCAACGACCGCCUGCAAGAGCCAACUAGCUGCCGCGUGGCACAGGGCAUUGGGUGUGGGCUCCCUCCACACUGCUCGGCCACUGGGAACAGGGCAGCAGACAUGGCGGACAGGCCGCCACACUGGGGCACCUCCGCCCAUGACUUAUGCACGGCUGGCCCACCCGCCCUCCUGCUAUGAAGUCUGGGUAGAUCCCAGACCACCUGGAGACUGUGGGUUCCCUGCCGAAACUGGGCCCCCUGGCUGAGAUCCCCAGCUUGGGUCUGAAGGCAGAUGAGCUAGAAUACGCAGAGAUUCAUCCAGAGAUCGCAACCUACAAUUCCUGGAGCUGAAGUUGCGCAAGAGGCCACCACUGGACAAUGCACUCCCCAAACGGCUAAGACAGUAUAGAUCUAAACUCGUGUUUAAAAUGACAUGUCUUAGUAACAAAAGUUUUCCUCCUUGUGUAUUGAAGACCAUGUUUACGUGUGUGUUUAAAGUUUGGUAAACAUUAACUUUAAGGUUAAAAAUAUAACUUUAAGGCUAUAUUCUUACCAGACAGAGUUAAAUAAAAAAGGUUUUCAACAUAAUUCUCAUAAAGAUAAAAAUAACUUACAUUUAAAGUCUGAGGUAAAAAUUAGUUAAAAAUCAAUAUAUUUUAACUAAGUUGGUCUAAAAAAAACCUGCGCACACCUAGCGUGUGUCUCCAUCUUGAAUGGGUAUAACAAAAGGUUAAAUAGACUUGUUGAUAUGUAAAACUCUCAAAUUCCUUCUCAAUUAGAAACGUUAGAUUGCGCUAUGGUUAUGCUAAUGAUUCUCAUGCCUGAGACUUUUUUCUUUCCAUGGUUCUUAUGUUUACCUUUCCACAUUCUAUUUUUUAAACUUUAAACAGCCUUAAAAUCAUACUAAAAAAGACUUCCAAUUGUAAUAGAGUUAUCAAUUGUGAUAUACUUCUAUCCUGCUACAAGUUUUGUUUCAUAGUAAGUAAAUUGCAGCUGUCAAGUUCUCUACAGAAAAGCAGAAUUCCAGCAGCUGACCUUCCUCAUACAACGUUCCACCCCCUGGCAUUCUUCCGUGGACAUCUGCUUUGGACUGGCAUUUCUAUCAGACUCACUGGUACACCUCUUGGACACUUUGCACAAAACUAGCAGCUUCCCUUUAUACUGCUGGGUUUCUCAAAGACUGACUGCAGCCAGCUGCCUU